UUUUUACUUAAAAACUAUGUAAAAUUAUUUUCUAUGGUGAAAUUUUUGUAGGUUUACUAGGUUGCUGGUUUUUACACUAGAAGUGGCUAUUCAAACUAUGGAAAAAUGUGUUGAACAAUUUGUUCUUCUCUUUGAUGCCAGCCAUUUCCGAUCAGCAGCAGCUUUUAUGAACAUGUUGCUGGCAACGUUGAAGAUCCUAGCCGACUAUUAUCCAGGCAGGCUCCACAAGGCCUUUGUUAUCGACCCUCCUUCCCUCUUCUCUUAUCUUUGGAAGGGAGCUAGGCCAUUUGUUGAGCUAUGCCCACUCACUAUGAUAGUGUCAUCUUUGGACUUUGAAGAGUCUUUGGAAUUUAAUGAUUUUAUAUCAUAUCCACGAGCAGCAUCACUCCGUUUGGAUCCUUCAUUUGUGCCAUCAACCAAUAAAGUAGGCUUCUGCACAUCGUCAAGAUUUUCAUUCACAAUCGCGCACCAUUUUGAUUCACUCAAGCCUUGGUAUCUGACGUUGAAGGAUACAUCGACAUCUAAGGUGGGACCCACGACUGCAUCUUUGUCUUCCUUUGGUCCCACCAUCUCGCCCCUUAAUGUUCGAUCCUACUCAUUUACAUCGCCAACUACUAGAGGGCCAUAUGACAACAUCGGAACCGUAAAGAAAGGCUUCUUCCCAUCAACACCAAUGCCACGGAAAACCCAAACACUGGGUAUGUCAACGAUCAAGCAUCCAAGGACUCCAAAGCCUUCAUUCCUCCGUUCGCCUGCGUUGUUCUUCAAAAAAGACUUCCAAUUAACUCGAACUGCAAAAUCUCGAGAAUCAUUUAUCCCAUUUCUGAAAUUUUAUCGCCAAACCUAUGAUGAGAUGGUUUAUAGGUCGAACAUGAGGCCUCCUCUAGGUGGCCUUAUUUCCAUCAUAUCUCCACAGCUCAUGCGAGGACACAUGUCGGUCUCCCAACGAUUUUGAUCAAAAUGCAUAAUAUUGUACUAACCAAGACUCAUUGGUUAUAAUCUCGAUGCCAAAAAGUUUUAAGCAUGCGCUAUACAUUUAUUUUGCCCACCCCAACCCCACCCUAUUAUGCAAUGAAAUAGAGUACUUGCUAA